AUGGCAGACCAUCCAGUGCUUAGAUACCUGUCUCCAGGUGCAUGGUCUUUGAUCGAACCUCUCAUCUCUCAACGGGCUAAAGGCCUUCUGACCUCUCUCGUCGAAUUCCUCGAAAAUGACGUCCUACCUUCUGAAAAGCUAUUCCACGCUCAAAUACCUUCUCAUCCCCCAGAAGCUCGAUGGGCGUCCAUACCUCCCGUUAUGGAGAGGCUGAAACACAGAGCAAAGGGCUUGGGCUUAUGGAAUCUGUGGCUGAGUGGAGGUGACUUUCAAGGAAUGGCAGGCGGUGAAGGAGGUGGAUUAACUAAUCUUGAGUAUGCUGUAAUGGCCGAGAUCAUGGGUCACUCGGCAAUCCUAGCUCCCCAAGCUACGAAUUGUUCAGCGCCUGAUACCGGUAAUAUGGAAGUUUUAGCUAGAUAUGGUACGCCUCAACAAAAAGAAAGAUACUUGAUACCUCUCUUGAAAGGUGACAUUCGAAGUAGUUUCUCCAUGACGGAAUAUGGAGUCGCUUCUUCCGAUGCUACGAACCUACGGAAUACUACUGCUUUACCUGAUGAUUCAGGUAACCUGUCAGUGAAAGGACAUAAAUGGUGGAUCACAGGUGCAGGUGAUCCCAGAAAUGUCAUCCACAUAGUUUUAGCAGUGACAGAUCCUAAGAAUCCGUCUCCGCAUAAAAGACAUUCGUUGGUAUUAGUGGAUCCUAGAGCUAAAGGAGUGAAGAUUGUGAGACCUUUGACUGUGUUUGGAUAUGACGAUGCUCCUGAGGGACAUUGUGAGGUCAUUUACGACGGAGUCAAAAUUGAUGUGGAGAAUGGUGUCGUUGGAGGAACAGCUGGGUUAGGUAAAGGUUUCGAGAUUAUUCAAGCAAGAUUGGGACCUGGAAGACUACACCACUGUAUGAGAACGAUCGGCAUUGCCAAUAGAGCACUUGAUAUCCUUUUACAGAGAGUAUCUGAUCCUAAUCGAAAGACAUUUGGGAAAUAUCUCAAGGAGCAUGGAACCGUCGUUGCUGAUAUAGCACAUUCAAGAGCGGAAAUUGAUCAAGCUAGAUUGCUGGUCUUGGCAGCGGCCAGAAGAGUUGAUGUUGCAGGAGCUAAAGGUGCAAUGCAGGAUAUUGGAAUGGCAAAAUUCACCGUACCUAGUAUGGCAUUAAAAGUAGUCGAUCGAGCGAUGCAAGUUCAUGGUGCGGAGGGAUUGUCUGAAGAUACACCUUUAGCCUACUAUUAUGGUAGUUUGAGAACUUUGAAAUACGCAGAUGGUCCUGAUGAAGUUCACAUUCAACAAGUUGGAAAGAAUGAAUUGAAACGAGCUGAGAAGCUAAAAGAGAGGACCGAAAUGAUCAAGCAGAAAAGUGAUAGCUUAUUGAAGGAAGCUGGCAAGCUCAAGGCGAAGUUGUAG